CGUCAGUCGGCACACCGCCCGGGCGGGCGCCACACGACCGGACUCUGCGCUAGCGAAAGGCGACGCGAUCAAUAUAAUUUCAGUGAAAUAUACCGCGGAUACGCCAACGAACGUUUUGGAAACGCCAGCGCACGAUCUGUGAAUCAAAUACGAGCAAAGUGAACGAGUACCGAGUGCAGACCACGACGACGGCCGGCGCACAACGAGCGAGCGAUUAGGGUUCAAAGAACUCUCCGAAAACGAAUCGAGACUGGCGCCGAAGAAGCCGCUGCUUCUUUGCCCCUCGAGAAAUUGUUAAUAAUCGCUCCGUGACUGUCAGGCACCAAACAAACCUGCACCGCUCUUUAUAAGUCGUAUUAAGAAAAACGAAAAAAAAAACUCGAAAAAGUCGUCCAGAAAUCCCUCUAUCAGUGGCCACGACAGAUGGGGUUUCUUUGUUUUAAGAUUUAUAUAUGCAUAUAUAAAUUGGAGUAUUGAUCUCUAUUCUUACGUCACAAUACAUAUAAUUGUGAUUAAAUUUUUUUAUUUUUAAUAUUAAAGCUUCGGAACUAUAUAGCGCACGCAUCUGAACGUGUAUAUUGCCCGCUUUAAACACUUUUACACCUAUUUUGUAAAUAUAAAUGAAAAUAUUUAACAAAAACAUAUUGACAUUGUUUCAACGUAACUGUUAUACUAGUCAUUCAUCUAGUUUGUAUUUAUUUUUAUUAAUAAUCUUAUAAUUCGUAGAAUAAAUAAAAUAUUAAAAGAGUUUUGGAGAAAAGUAUAUCGUGAAUUACUAAAAAAAUAAUUGCGCGUAUCAACCAAAGAAAAAGUGAAAGCGAUAAAGAACGCAUCGCCCGUACGUCAGCUGUCAAAUAAGACGCGAAUAGAAAAGGCGGGAACUGUCAAAGAUUAAACAGUUACGAGAAUAGAGAAGGUAAAAAUGCAAGCCCAAAUGGGGGAGCUGCAGCGCAGCUACAGGAUGCAGGACUUCACGUCGCCCGGCGUCAUAAUGCGGGAGCGCAGCUUCAUACGCCCGCAGUCACACCACAAUAUGCAUCACAACCAGUUUCCGAACAAUGGGAAACGGCGCAGCAUGAUACUGACGAACGCCAAGGGAAAGCCUACUCUAGAAAUCUACAGACCUCCCGGCGUCCGCACAGACGGCGUGGCGACUGUCGCUGGGACGACGGCGGCAACAGCUACCACAGGCGGUGCAACCAGCUCCGGUACAACAGGCACUACAACCACGCCCACAAACAAGCUUAAUGUACACGCGAAGGAGUUUACUAUGGCCAAGCCUGUUGACCUGCAUAAUAGGUCAGCGAUGAGCGUGGGCUAUGCGGGCGUGGGUCUGCAGCACUCGCGGUCGGCGGUGCUGCAUGCGCAAGUGCCGCCGCACUACCGGCCCGUGCUGCCGCCGCACGCGCUACUCAACACCACCUCCAGCGGCAAUGUGCCGCACGCCACGGUGGGCCCCCGCGUGCAUUUCAAGCUGCAACCGCAGCAGCUUGACAAGAAGAAGUCGCCGCCGUCGUCGCUUAGCAACGGCAAUGGCAAGAGCGUGCGGCCGCAGUCGUUUACUCCGGGCCUGAAGCGCUCCAAGUCUCUCACUUCAGCCGACACGCUCGCCAGCGGCAUGGCGGCGCUCGGCCUCGCGGCAGACGCCGGCGACCUCGGCGCCUUCCCCCCCGAUAUACAGGAGUGCAUCGAUAAGGCGCUUGAUGAUCCGAACUCGGUGGCGGCGCGCACGCUGAUGGAGGCUGUGGGGCACCUCGUGUCGCGCGCGGUGGAGUCGCCGCGGUACGCGCUGCCGGCCGCGCGCCGCUGCAUCGCUGUCGUCGAGCGCGAACACGCCGAGACCUUCCUGGAGUCGCUGCUCAACACCUGCCAGCAGUGCUAUCACGACCGUGAUAAGCUGCUGGGCGCGGUGGUGGGCGGCGGGCGGCCGCGGCUGAUGGCGUUCCUGUCGUUCCUGCUGGAGAUGUACUGCCAGCUGCGGCGGCGCGCCAUCCACCGGCGCGGCGCCAGCGCGCAGCCCGGGCAGGUGCUGCUCACCCUCAUCUGCAAGUGCUGCGAGGACUGCAUCCGGCAGCCCGUGCCCUCGCCCAGCGACACGGAGAACCUGUUCUUCGUGCUGACGUACAUCGGGCGCGACCUGGAGUCGCAGCUGCCGGGCGACCUGGAGCGCCUGCUGACGGCGGUGCGCGACGCCUUCCUCAACACGGCCGCCGCGCCCUGCAUCCGCCGCACGCUGCUGCAGCUCAUCGAGCUGCACGCCUCGCGCUGGCAGCUGCCGGGCUGCGCCGUGCUCUACUACUACCCCUCCUCCAAGUAGCCCUCCUCCUCCCUCUCCACCCCCCACAGUACCAACCUACCACUAAGUACCCUCAUUGAAAACCAAACUAAGUGCCCCCCCCCCAUGGUAUGACCCUCGUACUAAGUACCCCGUGAUAAGUACCUCAUACUAAACCCCCCAUGAUUAGCCCCUGAUACUAAAGCCCCCUCAGUAAACACCCAUGAUUAGCCCCUAAUACUAAACCCCCCUUAGUAAACCCCCCUGAUUAGU